GCUUUGAUGGGUCCGGGGGCGGCCUUGGCCGAAUCUCGCGUGUGGAGACAUCGGGGGGGACAGAAACUGCGGGGAAUGUGUGAGAGAGAGUCUGGAAGAGAAGCGGUGCCGGUGCCCACGGGAUGAGUCACAGCCGGGUCAUUCAUUGGGGAGGAGCGGGAACGGCAUUGGGAACGGGAACGGGAGAGGGAUGUUUCCUCCGCGCCUUGGGCGGCGGUGGCUGCCGCUGGAAGCUGUCACGGGGCUGCGGCCGCUCCGUGUGCCCCGUCCCGGGGGGGCUGGUGCGGGGUCACAGCUGCCCGGAGGGGCGGUGGGGAUGUUCCUCUGCCCAGAGCGGGCUGUGGCUGUCUCACGAUGGCCACAAGCACAUCCUUGCCCCGGGAAUGGCCCGCGGGGCCGGCGCCACGUGCCCCGGACGUGGCUCCUGCGGCCCGGGCAUUCUCCGAUCCCGACCUUUGCUGGAAUUCCUGACAAAAACGUAACAGGGGAUUGUUGCCGCUGCUGGAGCAGGUAUGCAAGCGGCCCAAUUUAUUAGUAAAAAAUCUCUGGUUUCCUGGGUUUUGAACAAAAUCAUAGAAGACAAUGAACAUCAUAAAAUCAAUUAAAAUUAACAGUUGGAUGUCAGAUAAUUAGCUCAGCCCGCAUCAUCAGGGUGCGGUCAGCUGUCACCUCCAGUUUGAGCUUUACAGCUGGUGAUUUGUUUUUUGCCAUUGGAAUUGCCUGUAGGAUUACUCCAAUAUGGGAACCAUUUUCAAUUAAUAGUUAACCAGCAGAUCUAAUGCAUAUCUCUCCGUUCAAAGUCCAACGUAAAGCCAUGCCGGAGUUUACAUUUCUGUCAAGGAAACUACCUGCAUCUGAUGGAGCCCAGAUCCUGGUGCUGAGCUGUUCCCCUGCAGCAGCCCCGGGGAGGAGCCCCCAGCCCCGCUCAGGACCGGCGCCCCGAACCCUGGUGGCCUCAUCCCAUCGAGAACCACAAGCUUUGCCCUUCUGUGCAUGCUCAGUGACUGAGGGUUGCUUUGGGUUUUUUCAGCUGACAGACCUGUUGCAGCAGUAUGCAACGGCCUUCAGGGACCCCAUGAUGCUGCAGCCCCCGGAGUGGUUCAAGGCGUUCAUCUACUGCGAAGCCUUUCUCCAGCUGCCCUUCUUCCCCGUCGCUGCCUACGCCUUCCUGAAAGGUGGCUGCAGAUGGAUCAGGACUCCUGCCAUUAUCUACUCCACCCACGUGGCCACCACCCUGUUUGCCAUCCUGGCCCACAUCCUGUUCCACGACUUCUCCAAGUCGGAGCACGCGGGCCCUCAGACGCUGCGCGAGCGCCUCGUGCUGCUCUCCAUCUACCUGCCGUACCUGCUGAUCCCGCUGCUGCUCCUCUUCACCAUGCUCUGCAACCCCCACUACAAACACGUGGAGAAGAGGAAAAGGAAGUAGCCGGCUCUGGAAGUCACUCACACCACACCCGUGCUGCAUUUGGUUCCCUGCGCUGGCCGAGUCCUCCCUCGCGCUGGCUGCAGCGGCUCUUCCCAGAGCACUGGCUGCUGCAAGGAAAAAUGGAAUUGGUUGGAGUGCACAGCCCUGCUUCCACCACACACCGCUCUGGCAGGGCCCUGGGCCAGCCCGGCUCGGGUCUGUGCAGUGCCUCUCCCCCAGGAAAAUGGACUUGUAACCCUUUGAUGUGUAACUCUGUGAGGGGACAUACACAACCCCCUCACUCGCUCACACUCUGCAGCUGAUACUGUUCUUCCAAGGUCCCUUUUUCCAAGACGACUGUUUGGAAACCACUCGAGUAGGAAUCUGUCUUCCAGCCACACGGUCUGAAGAAUCCCCAACCCACUGCAUACAGAUUUGCUGAACUGUUCUUCUGAGGCAUUUUAAAUCAUAUCGUGAUUCUUAACUUCCUCGCCCCUUCCUUUAAAAUUUCCGCUGCCUUUGCUCUGCUUCAUUUUGAUUAAUUAUAAAUGUCUGAUCAAUGAUAAAUGUGCCAAAAUCUGGAUUUAUGAAUGCUUAAAGUUACCCUUGACAACCAGGAGUACUGCCUAGAGGAUUCUGAAGUACUUCGGGAAUUGUAACCAAGGAGUUGAAAAUUUCUUUCUUCCCUAAAAUCACUUCUGGUAUGGAAAUAAAUAACUAAAUGCAUUAAA